AUGGCCGACUGCGCAAACCAGUUAUGGUAUACCUUCGCAUUCGAAUGGCUUACACAAGCCCGGCACAGAAACAGCAGAGGAGCCCAAACCUACAAGAAAGCCUGCGACUCUCUCAAAGCCUGCCCGUUCGAAAUGCAGCACCCGUCGGAAGUUAUACAACUCACUGGAUGGGGUCCAAAGCUCGUUGACAGAUUGACAAAGGAUCUCCAGGCUUACUGUGAUGCCAAUAUGCUGCCAAUGCCAAAGAGACAGACCAAGAGGAAAAAGAAGACAGCUGAUGCUACAGGAGAGGAAGCUGGCAGUGAUGAGGAGCCAGCAACACCGAAGAAAAAAGCCAGGAAGACCAAGCCGUAUGUACCAGGCUUGCGCACCGGUCCCUAUGCUCUGCUUAUUGCUCUCGCGACACAAGAACGGGGAUCGAAGGAGGGCAUAUCAAAGUCGCAUCUGAUUGAGCUCGCCCAACCACAUUGUGACGCAUCAUUCUCAGCACCAAGUGAUCCUACGAAAUUCUACACAGCUUGGAAUUCAAUGAAGACACUUCAGGCCAAGGACAUGGUUUAUGAGAAAGGAAGACCGACACGACUUUACUAUCUGACAGAUGAAGGUUGGGAUGCCGCCGAUGCACUGUUGAAGACUGUAGAUCUUAGCCAGGGACGGCUGGACAAAUUCACCGUAGCAACGAGGGCCGCUCCAGACGGUUCGGACGAUGAAGAUGGUUCAGAUGCAGACAGCCCUGUUUGUCGGUCCAAUGCCAGACCAUCCUCAGAGUCUCCCAAGAAAUCUAACGUCCCGGACAUCGUCCCGCUCGGUAGAUCUGUAGCGAGUGCCGCCGACCUCCCUACUUUCACUCCUAUUGUCCUCGAGCCGGGAUUCUUCAGCGUGGAACUAGUCCUAGAUAUCAGAGAGAUACGCGCAAAAUCAGAUCGUGACUACAUGCAAAAGAAUUUGACCUCUGCUGGAGUCAAGCCGAUAAUGCGAGCCAUGUCUCUGGGAGAUGUUUUGUGGGUGGCAAAGUUGCACGAUCCUGGUCUGCUCAAACGUCGGGGCGCGGAGGGUGACGAAGUUCUGCUCGAUUACGUUGUUGAGAGGAAGAGACUUGAUGACCUCAUUGGCUCGAUCAAAGAUGGUCGGUUCCAUGAGCAGAAAUUCCGGCUUCGCAAAUCCGGAAUCAAGAAUGUGAUCUAUAUCAUCGAAGAAAUGGCUCAUGCUGCUGAUCGGUACGAAGAAGCAGUAGCAUCAGCUAUCGCUUCUACUCAAGUAGUUAAUGGCUAUUUUGUCAAGAAGACACAGAAGAUGGACGACACUAUUCGGUACCUGGUGAGCAUGACGAAGAUAUUGAAAGACAAGUACGAAACAAAGCCACUUAACCUUAUUCCCACAAAGAAUAUUACGACUACAAAUUACUUGCCAUUGUUGGAAGAUCUUUCCAAGAAGCAACCAGGCACAGACUAUCACAUCACAUAUGAUGCCUUCGCAGAUAUCAGCUCGAAAUCGGGCAACUCAACUCUUCGGGAUGUAUAUUUGAAGAUGCUUAUGUGUAUUCGAGGUGUUACGGGCGAGAAGGCUCUCGAAAUACAGAAGAGGUGGAAGACCCCAGUAGACUUUUUGGACGCAUACAACCGGAUCGAGGAGAGAGAAGGCCAAGGAGAGCAAUGCCGGAAGAAGAAGAUGGAUCUUGUGUCGAGCGAGAUGAGUAAUCUGAUUGGGAGGAAAAAAAUGGGAAAAGCUCUGAGCGUCAAGAUCUCCGAAGUUUGGGGUGAUGUACAAACCUGA